AUGACCACCCCUAAGGGCUGCAUGGAAGGGGGAAACAAGGUGACGGAGAUCCAGGACUGGAGUGCAGCCAGCCCUCACAGCGCUGCCUACGUACUGUGGGACAAUGGGGCCAAGAACCUGUACAGAGUUGGCUUUGAGGGAAUGUCGGAUCUGAAAUGUGUCCAGGAUGCCAAAGGCGGCUCUUUUUACAGAGACCACUGUCCCGUUUUAGGUGAGCAGAAUGGCAACAGAAAUCCUGGCGGUCUCCAGAUUGGAGACCUGGUCAACAUCGACUUAGACCUAGAGAUUGUUCAGUCCCUCCAACAUGGCCACGGGGGAUGGACUGACGGCAUGUUUGAGACGCUCACCACCACCGGCACAGUAUGUGGCAUCGAUGAAGAUCACGAUAUUGUCGUUCAGUACCCCAGUGGGAACAGAUGGACAUUCAACCCAGCAGUGCUGACAAAGGCCAAUGUAGUGCGCAGCGGUGAUGUAGCCGCCGGGGCAGAAGGAGGCAGUUCCCAGUUCCUGGUGGGAGACCUGGUCCAGAUUUGCUAUGACAUUGACCGCAUCAAGCUGCUACAAAGAGGCCAUGGAGAGUGGGCUGAGGCCAUGCUUCCUACCCUUGGCAAGGUGGGCCGUGUGCAGCAGAUCUACUCCGACAGUGACCUGAAGGUUGAGGUUUGUGGAACUUCUUGGACGUACAAUCCCGCCGCCGUCACCAAGAUCGCCCCGUCUGGCUCUGCUGUCAGCAACGCCUCUGGAGAGCGUCUGUCUCAGUUGCUUAAAAAACUAUUUGAGACACAAGAGUCCGGAGACAUCAACGAGGAGCUGGUCAAGGCGGCAGCCAAUGGCGACCUGGCCAAGGUGGAGGACAUUCUUAAGAGACCCGAAGUGGACGUGAACGGGCAGUGUGCUGGACACACCGCGAUGCAGGCAGCCAGUCAGAAUGGUCACGUGGACGUCCUAAAGCUGCUGCUGAAACACAACGUUGACCUAGAAGCUGAGGACAAAGAUGGAGACCGGGCAGUGCACCACGCAUCCUUUGGUGAUGAGGGCUCUGUCAUUGAGGUGCUGCAGAGGGGCGGUGCCGACUUGAAUGCCAGGAACAAGCGAAGGCAGACUCCAUUACACAUAGCUGUCAACAAGGGCCACCUGCAGGUGGUCAAAACCCUGCUGGACUUUGGCUGCCACCCCAGCCUUCAGGAUUCGGAGGGGGACACACCCCUGCACGAUGCCAUAAGCAAGAAGAGAGAUGACAUGCUGUCAGUGCUGCUGGAGGCUGGGGCUGAUGUCACCAUCACCAACAACAACGGCUUCAAUGCUUUGCAUCAUGCUGCCCUGCGAGGAAACCCCAGUGCCAUGCGCGUGCUGCUAUCUAAACUGCCGAGGCCUUGGAUCGUAGACGAGAAGAAGGACGACGGUUACACCGCACUGCACCUGGCUGCCCUCAACAACCAUGUGGAGGUGGCUGAGCUGUUGGUGCACCAGGGGAGUGCCAGCUUAGACGUCCAGAACGUCAACCAGCAGACGGCGUUACACCUGGCAGUGGAGCGUCAACACACCCAAAUAGUUCGGCUGCUGGUGCGGGCAGAGGCCAAGCUUGAUGUGCAGGACAAGGACGGGGACACGCCACUUCACGAGGCACUGCGUCACCACACGCUGUCCCAACUGCGACAGCUCCAAGAUAUGCAGGACGUCAGCAAAGUGGAGCCCUGGGAACCCUCCAAGAACACAUUAAUCAUGGGCUUGGGCACCCAGGGGGCAGAGAAGAAGAGUGCAGCAUCCAUCGCCUGCUUCCUGGCAGCCAACGGAGCAGACUUGACCAUUCGUAACAAGAAGGGCCAGUCCCCUCUAGACCUGUGUCCAGACCCCAGCCUCUGCAAAGCUCUGGCCAAAUGUCACAAAGAGAAGAGCAGUGGCCAGGUGGGCACCCGCAGCCCCUCUCAGAACAGCAACAUCGAGUCACUGGACGAGUGUAUGGUGUGUUCGGACUUGAAGAGAGACACUCUGUUCGGGCCCUGCGGACACAUUGCCACGUGCUCACUGUGCUCGCCUCGUGUCAAGAAAUGUCUCAUCUGCAAGGAUCAGGUCCAGUCAAGAACUAAGAUCGAGGAGUGCGUAGUCUGCUCUGAUAAAAAAGCAGCAGUGUUGUUCCAGCCCUGUGGUCACAUGUGCGCUUGUGAGAACUGUGCCAGCCUCAUGAAGAAGUGCGUACAGUGCCGGGCUGUUGUAGAACGCCGCACCCCGUUCGUUCUUUGCUGUGGUGGGAAAGGUAUGGAGGAUGAUGAUGAUGAUGAUGAUGAUGAUGAUGAUGAUGCCGCUGAUGAUGAUGAUGAUGAUGAUGAUGAUGAUGAUGAUGAUGACCUUAGGAGCUCUAACACUAUGGCAGGGGGAUCGCAGGAUCUUCUCCAGCCCAACAAUCUGGCACUAAGUUGGUCUAGCGGAAACAUCCCGGCCUUGCAGCGAGACAAGGACAACACUAACGUCAACGCUGAUGUACAGAAGCUACAGCAGCAGCUCCAGGACAUCAAGGAACAGACUAUGUGUCCGGUGUGUCUGGACCGGCUGAAGAACAUGAUCUUCAUGUGCGGCCACGGCACCUGCCAGCUGUGUGGGGACCGAAUGAGCGAGUGCCCCAUCUGCCGCAAGGCCAUCGAGCGCCGCAUCCUCCUUUACUAGAACCUCUCUCCCCCCACAGACACACACGGACUCUUUCUCUUUUCUUAAAGCCCACACCGACCACGCCCGCAAAGCCACAAUCACACCAGCUGCUGCUGCUGCUGCUGCUGCUGCUGCUGCUGCCGCCGCUGCUCGACCAUCCACUCAGCACCCAAGUCAGACAGCCAAGGGCGUUCUCAAAUGUCUUAUUGGACACAGCAAAUGCUCUCAACGGUUUGAUUGUGUUCAGAUGGAAUUUCUGUUACAAAACAAGAAGAAAUAUGAAUAGACUUUGAUCAGUUUUGCUGCUCUGUCGUGUGUCUGCAGCCAGAAAGAUGCAUCACAGGCGUCGCCUUUUUUCUCUUUCUUCUCUCUUGCCUUUUCCAUCCCCUCCUCGUCCUCCUUCCUGUGUCAUUCUCUCUGUUUUAACUUGAUGUGUGAAAGUUCUUUUCUCUGAUUGAGUCUAUGGUGGCUCCUUUAGCCUCACCGUCUUGGAUAUGAUCUUUACUGGCCCGUUUCUGGAUUUCCUCCUAGAACAGCUCUGAGCAAAUUCAGAAGCGUUAGAGGAGGUGACGUAGAGGUCGACGUGUUACCUUUUGAUGUAAAGUUCCCAUGCAUCUGUCGCAUUCAAUGCCAGCCGCAGUCAAGUUUUAUUGUAUUUGUAAAUCUUUAUGCACGUGUAUUGGUAUCGGAAGCUCCAGAUGUGGAUUUUAAGUACUUAAUUUUUCAUGACAGUAUGGCAAGUUUUUAUUUUAUUUUAAAUUUUAUUUUACACAUUACUGUUUGCACCACUUUAAGGGUUCAGUGAGUGUUUUAGCUUCAUGUGUGUGUUCAGUUUGGCUGUUGUGACACACUGUACGCCGACUGUCCUUGCAGUUAAAGACCAGAUGUUGGCAGUUUUGCACUAGAAAUGCUGAGUCAGGUCAAAAGCUCCUUUUCUGCACUGACUUUAGAGGUCCGAUGCAGCUCGGUGUUAAAACACAGGCGGAGUUGUAGCCACUGCCAGGUAGCACGCCACACCCGUACACUGUUUACCAAGCUGCGCCGAGGAAAGGACGGGCGGCGGUGUCGCGACAACCUUUUGGCUGCGAAUUCGUGUAGCGAUUUUUUCAAGAAUUCAAGACAAACACACAAACUCCAUUCAGCUUCUGUCCAGUGAUCGGCCCCUGUCGUACCCGUUCGUUGUACACACAAACCCACACGAUGCAAACACUUCUGUAACGAGAGUAUCUUGUCACAAAUUGAUGUUAAACUGUUGAGACUCUGUGGUAUUGUCUGACAAAAAAAAAAAACAAAGUACAAUUCAAUGAGCAUUUGCUAAUUUACCAUUUACAACUCUGUGCCAUUUGCUUCCAAAAAUAUACCUGUUAAUGAACUUGUAUGGGGAUAAGGUGCUCUUUAUCUUGUAUUACUAUUUUUUAUUUAAGUGUAUUUCUCUCAAAAUCGACAUUUAUUGAGCUAGAGAGUACAAUCUAUUAGAACACUAAGAUGAAAAUGUAGAAUAAAUUAUUUUGUAUUGCCGCCCAAAAAAAAAAAAAAAGGAUUUCUAGGUGUCACUGCCUUCCUAAUAUGUAGCCUCAAAUCUCUAACAUUCUGCUUUGAUAUUAAUGUUGAAAUACGUUUGUGAUGUUUUUUCUGUCUUUUUGUUGGCAAUAGCUUUCUAGCAAUCAUCAGUAGAAGCAUUUUUCUCUAAAAUAGGUCUCUGUAAAGCCUAACUUGUUCAUUUGUGAAACAGAAAAAAAGACAUUUUGUUGUCAAAAGUGUCGAGUAUCUUUUCACCAGUGUUUUCUUUGGGAGGAAAGCUAAUGAUUUUUUAAGACAGAACUUGCCUUACCUCUUCUAAAAAGGCAGUUGCCCACGUGGAGACUCAGCAAGACGGCUCGCUUGCUCCGCUAUGUGGGAAUUUGCAACCGCAUACAAACAUUUCCCCCCAUGCCCCCUUCCCCCCCCCCCCCCCCUUUUA